AUGAUGAGAGGGUUGUUCUUCAAGUUGGUGGUGAUGACGGUGGUGGCGGUGAACCAGUGCAGUGGGAAAAGAUACCAUGUUGACAUAACCAAUAACUUGAGCCCCAACAAUGUCCUCAACCUUCAUUGCCGGUCCAAAGACGAUGAUCUGGGGAAGCAUGCCUUGGCGGUGGGUGGUGAUUUCAGCUUCAGUUUCCAGGUGAGCUUGUUCGGAACGACGACGUUUUGGUGCGAUGUGAACUGGGGCAACAUAGAUCGUGGAAGCUACGUAGUGUUUACGAGAGAUUACGGGCUCUGGGAGAGUUGUGAUUAUAAGAACUGCUUCUGGUCUGCCAGAGACGAUGGUCUUUACUUGAUGGAUAUCCCCCAUGGCAGACGAUAUAAACUCGUUUACUCUUGGUCUUCAAUGAGUUAA